AUGGAGUCAGAUCCAUAUACCAUUCUAAAGGGGGUUUCCUUAGUGGUGGAAUGUGGAGUCGUUUCUGAUCCAGAAGGGCGAGGAUGGAGAAAAACCCAUUUACUUUGUGAACAAGGAAGAAUGAGGCCUACAGACUUGCUUAGAGUUCUGAACAAGCAGUUUCUUGGACUCGCCGGUGACACUGCAAAUGUCGUUGCUAAGAAGCUAACAUCGCCUCCUCCUCUCGUGUCCCGCAAACCAGCGUUUAUAGAUGCAUUUCUGUACAAGAUGAAAAAGAAUCCAGAACUUCUGAAGAACAAAAGCAUUUGGUCACGGAGAUCCACUAUCUUGCCAGAAUUUGUUGAUUCCCAAGUCAAGAUUUACAACGGGAAAACCAUGAUUCGUUGUAAGAUCACCGAGGGAAAAGUCGGUCAUAAGUUUGGUGAGUUUGCUCUCACCAGGAAACGCAAAUCUAGAGACCAACCUAAUGCCAAAGUGAAACAACUCAAGAAAAAGAAGUGA